AUGCUGGAUUCCGAAUCAAAAAAUCUUCUCUAUGACUUAAUAACAAAGCUCCGACAAGGCGAGCACAAUAUAGAAAUUUUGCGAAUAGUUCUUUGUGAAAACCCUGAAUUUGAUCCAUAUCAAGCUUUCCAUACUCUUUGCACGGUUCAUACUGGGUGCCUCAUCCCGAAAGAUAUUUCAGAAUUCCUCUCACUUCGAGGCAUUAAAUCCUCAGAUACUGAUUUAUAUCUCUUAAUAAAGCAAUACAGUUCUGAGCUAAACGGCCGAUUAACUAUUGAAGAUUUCUUUCAAUUAGUUUUGUACCUAAUUAUAAUAAAUAAAAACAUAUCUAAUAGUAAUCUUAAUCAUAAAAGAGAUGACGGAUUGUCAGUAUGAAUGCUUUAAUUUAUUGUAAUUUGGCAUGCCUUCCACAAAUCCAGGACUCCGUUCUAUAGCUAGUGCUCGCUGCUUACCUCAUAGGUGGCGUCUUACCCCAACCGUUGAAUAUUCUCUAUCAAAGCUCUUGGAAAGUGAGCUAUCUUUUCAAAAAGAUCUUGAAAAAAUCAAAGGAAAAUUAUCAACACUGCCGGGAUAUACAACUGUUAAAGCAUUCAAUGCUCUAGAUAAGCGAGGUAAAGGCUAUAUCUCAGAAAAUGAUUUUAUCGAAUUUUCUAGAGAAUUUGGAAAUUUACUUUUAGAGCAAGAUCUUGAUGACAUUUUGAGGAGAAUUGACACUGAAGAAGAUGCAGUUAUCACUUAUAACGAAUUUUUAUACUUAUUUUAUAUAAAUUUUGCUAAUAAAAUCACUUUAAAGAGAUAAAAAUAUAGAAAAAUUCUAUUCUUAUAUAAUUGGGAUAGAUUUUAUGCUACCUUUAAAUCAAACAAAGCAAGAAAUUGCUAGCAGUAAAGACAGCGAAAGUAAAUCUGAAGACAGGCCAAGACAAGAAGAAAAAGAAGAAGAAAAGAGUAAAAUAGAAACGCCAAAAAAAGAAGAGUUUAAAUUUGAGACCCCUAAAAAAAGUAGCCCAGAGAUGAGAAAAUCUGAUCUUAAAAGCUCACCUCAAGCUCCUCCUCAAGUCUCAGACGAAUCAUGCUCAAUUGAUAAUUUGAUGAAAAUCCAACUAUUUGCGAUCAGAAAACUAGAAUUUCUCAAGCAGAAUUUGUCAGUUCUAGACGAUUUUUCUGUUCCUAGCCUUUUUAAACUAAUAGACAGAGCAGAUAAUGGAGUCAUAAAACUUCUAGAUUUAGAAAGAUUUUUAAAUGCAAUUCAAUUAACUGGAGUGAAUCUUUCCUUUAUAUUCAAAACUUAUGGAAGAGCUGAUAAUACUAUUGAUUUGGAUAAAUUUAAGCUAAUUUUCGCUCCAAAAGAUCUUGAAUAUGCAGAAAUUCUUUUAUCAAGACAAAAUGAAGACAGCGAAUUUAGUAAUUUCACAUUGGGGACAAUUAAAAAUUUUUUUGAGGUUUUAAUAGAAAAUGAAAGAAAAAUAGAAGAAGCUAAAAGUGAAUUGCAAAAUAACCCAGAUUUUGAUAUAAAAAGUGUUUUAAGAUUUUUUGAUUGUGACGAAGAUGGUCAAAUAUCUCUAGGCGAUUUCGAUAUUGCUCUGAAGAAAAUGGGAAUAGUAGCAAAUAAACAAGACACUUUAGCAUUUUUUGAGCUCUAUGAUAAAUAUAGAGAAGAAGUAGUGAACUUUGAAAAUUUCUCGGAAUAUUUAGGAUUUUAA